CCAAUGAGAGCGUGUCGCUUCGCACCUUUACGACAUUGUGCAGGCGGACAUCGCAUCACUCCACCUACUGUCAGCAGUAGAAUCCCACCCCGUGCCUUGAUACUACCCGCCUACGUACGUGCCAGACUGAAUAACCUCAUGUCGACCAACGGAAUCGAAAAACGUGGCUCGGCCACCACGGUCAAGGCUUGUGAUUCUUGUCGAAAGAGAAAGCGACGAUGCCUAUGGACCGCAGGGGCGCAAAGCUGCAACUAUUGCGUUCAGCUCAAGGAAGAAUGCACUACUACGCAUAUCCGGAAACAACGCGCCAAAUCUCAGAAGAAGGAUCGCAUCAUCGAAUAUGAGCGCCGCAUCAAGAAUCUGGAGUCGCUUCUGAAUGAACAAAACACCACCCAACCCCAGAUGGAUGCACAGCCCCUGGAGCCCGCUGAUCAGGCAGUCUCACUGUCUACAUGGGUGGACAAUCUUCGCUCCCAGGUUGACGCGAUUCCAGAUGUGACUCCGCUGCCUUUCGAUCUAGACAACUACUAUGAUGCUGAACUUGAACCAUUCCCGUUACCAAUGAACGGCCACUCCACGCCAUCUACUGGCAACGAUGGAUCCACCCCAGGCACGAGCUUGGGUACCUUUGAGCAACCCGUGAAAUUCCAAUUCGACCCCGCUUUGUUGCAGGACCCAGCCUUCCAGGCACUUUCCACGGCGGACGAUCUCUCUUCUGUGCAGACAGCACCAUCACUGGGCGAUCUAUCAUCGGUGCAAACAGCUCCUUCGAUAGACAAUUUCUCGUCUGUACAGACGGCUCCAUCACUGGAUGGCCUCUCUUCUGUGCCGACGGCUCCAUCGCUGGAUGGCCUCUCUUCUGUGCCGACGGCUCCUUCACUGGAUGACCUCUCUGCUGUGCCGACGGCUACACCAAAGGAGAGUACCCCACCUGUGCAGAAGAAGAAAGCAUGCGAUGCUUAUCUCCCCCCUCCGGAAUUAGGCACCAUGUUGCUCAAGGAGUAUCUAGUCGACUCCAACACGGUCUUCCCCUUGUAUCGACCCCACGCCAUUGUAGAGCAUCUUCGAAUCUGUUACGAGGGCAGGUCAGAUAACUCAGCUUUGGCAUGGGCUAGUACGUAUGCUGUGUUUGGGUUGGCGCACCGGUCACGGGGCCUAAGUGCAACUGCGACAGUAGAAGACGAUCAACUCGCGGAUUGGUAUCUGUGCAAGAUUCUUCCCACUUUGUCUUCUCUCCUUGUAUCCGAGCCCACAUUCGGACUGGUCCAAUGUUUGCUCGGUCUUGCUAUGCUGAUCCGGAGUUCGAAACAUUACAGCCCGCAUGGCUUGUACGUUUCAACUGCGCUGCGUAUAGCACAGAGCCUCGCAUACAUUGAGCACGAGCAGCUCACUGAAUCGCCCGCCAACCUUGAUAUUGACCAUCAGCGACGCGUUUUGUGGCUAGCAUUCAUCAUGGACACCGAGGACAGCAUCUUCACCAACCUCCCAUCGACACACCGUCGGGAAGACCUGCCCAAGUCAUGUCCCGUUGAGGACCCUCACGACGCGCUUGGUAUCGUGACGGCAGCUGAAGGCACGCUGAAGAUCAACACAUUUGCUCUGCGCGUGCAGCUCGUUUUGAUCCAGUCGGAUGCAAUCGAGGACAUAUUCUCCAUCCGAUCUCGCAAGUCAAAGCCGCAGGAUACAAUAGGGAAAGCAAGGCAAAUUCUCCAGCGCCUCGAGGAGUGGCGGAACAAUGAGCUUUGCCGACGCACUCCAGAGCAACUGAUGCAGCUUCUCUACCGGUCGGAUCUGCUUCACACCAUGAGCAUUGAAGCAUCGUACUUUGCGACCGUGUUCCGCAUACAUGCGUUCCUAGGCUUGGGCAUGGAUCCUCGGAUGAACCCUUUUUCGGCGACUAAUCUUACCAAGCUUUCUGCGAUGAAGAGACAUGCAUGCCGCAAGGAUGCGGAGCAUUUUCUUGGAAUUCUAUCGCUGACACCGCACGACGAGAUUGGGGUCUGCUGGCUCCUCAAAUCUUCCAUCAUCGCUGCACUCGUGACGGUACUGGCUCACUACCUCCACGCACCGGCGCCUGAAGCUCCCUCGCCCGAGCAGAUGAAGGCGUGGUCGGGGAUUCUGCGUUCGAUGGGCCUAUUGAUCAAGGAAAGCGAAGACGUGGAACUCACUCGUGCACACGAGCUUGGGAUGAUGCUUUUCACGCAGGUUGAUUCGAGCCUCCGGGUCAAAUGGUUGCAGGAGCAGGUGGUAAAAGGAGGGACGGGUAGAUUGUAA